UGAAGGGAAAGAUUACAAGUUUAAUGUUUCAUCUUCCUCGCUCAAUUAUCUGAUUGGCAAGGUGUGGGACGAAAAGUUGAAAUUUCCCUCAGAACAAAUACUGAAUUUUACUGUUUUGGUCUAGGAGGCAAAGGGCAUGCCCCGGUUCAAGGAUGAGCCUCCGGCGGUACGCGUCUAUACAGUUUGCGACGAAUCCAGAUAUUUGAUUGUGAGGAACGUUCCGGCCCUGGGCUGCGGCGACGAUUUGUUGAAACUGUUUGCAACCUAUGGAGACGUUGAAGAAUGUAAGCCAAUGGACGCAGAAGACUGUGAGGCAUUCACUGAUGUUUACUGGAUCAAAUUUCGUCUCUUUAGCAAUGCAAGGUUUGCCAAAAGAAAGUUGGAUGAGUCUGUUUUCUUGGGGAAUCAGUUGCAGGUCUCCUAUGCUCCUCAAUUUGAGAGCCUUGAUGACACUAAGGAUAAGUUAGAAUCCAGGAGAAAGGAAGUCCUUGUGAGAUUGAAUCCUCAAAGAUCCAGAGGACCUCCAGAUCAGCACCCAUCUACUUCUACUGAGCUUCCAUUGCUGGCAGAGCCUUCACAAAAUAUUCCCAAGCAGAUAAACUACGGGAAAAGGUAUUCUGGAGAAUCAGAGUAUAAUUCUCACAUUAUUAAUGCGCCAAUAACAAGGGUUUCAUCUGACAAGGAUUAUUUUCAAUCCCAAUCGAUGAAUCGAACCGUGCAAAUGGUUAGGGACAAGCUUGAUAAGAUUCAAUCAAGUAGUGAGCAUCUACAGCCAGGACCAGCAUCCAAGAAAACACGAGUGGACAACAGAAGAAGAAUCUAAUGAGUUUAGGACCUUUAGACUUUGUAGAAAUUGGCAGUAUUUCAAAAUUUUGUUGCACACCAUCUGCUUGAAAAACUGCAAGUCUUUUUUUCUUUUUUUUUUUUCUUUUUUUUUUCCAUUUUAUUCAUAAUGUAGAAGCUUUAUGCAUAAUGAUAAUACUUGUUUUCAU